GCCCCUAUGACAGAUGCUUCACAUUCAGUUAUACCUCUGGGUGGAAGUUGUCCUCCUAUUAAAGUGAAAAUGGAGCCAAGCGGAGAUUCUGGAAUUUCUUUGGAAACGGCAACGGUACCAGUGAAGGGGGAAUCAGAUGACCCUGACUACUGUAGAUUUAAUAUCCUAGAAGGCCCUUCCAAGACAUCAGACAUGGAUGAAAAAUCUGGUCUUGCAAAAAGUUACACAGGUAGAUCUUUUAGUUGUAUUUUUCUUGUUUUGGAAAUUGAAUAUGUGAACCCUUGAUUUGCAAUAAG